ACCAAUAUAUAACAUUAUUGAUCCCAUUGCCCUCCUUCUCCCCCUCUUCUUCCAUCCUCCUCAAAACCAGACUCACCCUUUGGCCAAACACACAUAUAUAGCAUGGACAAACCAUGGAAUCAAGCCACCCUAGCAACUUGGGAGAUGAUGGUAUCGAAGAAGAAGUGGUCGGUGUGUGUGAUCGGGGCAGGGCCUUCAGGUCUGGUGGCAGCUAGGGAGUUGAGGAAAGAAGGGCAUAGGGUGGUGGUGUUGGAGCAAAAACAUGAUGUAGGUGGGCAAUGGUUGUAUGAUCCAAACAUAGAGAAGGAGGAUCCAUUGGGGCAGACCAAGUUCUUGGAUGUCCAUAGUAGCAUCUACACCUCACUUAGGCUGCUCUCCCCAAGAGAGAUCAUGGGUUACACAGAUUUCCCAUUCUUUGUGAAGGAAGGGCCAGGGAGGGACCCAAGGAGGUUCCCUGGCCACAAGGAGCUAUGGCUGUAUUUGAAAGAAUUUAGUGUGCAUUUUGGGCUGAGGGAAUUGAUUAGGUUCAAUACAAGGGUUGAGUAUGUGGGAAUGUUGGAUGGUAGUUGUGGGGGUUUGAAAUGGGUCGUCAAGAGCAGAAAACUACUCAAAGUUGCUACAAGUAGUGCUAAUUAUUAUGAUAAUAACAAAGAGAAAGUUGAUGAAAUUGGAAGUGACGUGGGGAGUGAGGAGGUGGUGGUGGAAGAGGUUUUCGAUGCUGUGGUUGUGGCUAAUGGCCAUUACUCUCACCCUCGAUUGCCGUCUAUUAAAGGAAUGGAUACUUGGAAGAGGAAGCAAAUGCAUAGCCACGUGUACAGGGUUCCAAAGGCAUUCCAAAAUCAGGUGGUAGUGGUGGUGGGAAACUCCCUAAGUGGGCAAGAUUUAUCAAUGGAGCUGGCGGGAGUAGCAAAAGAAGUUCAUAUCAGUGCAAGAUCGCAAAACACUCUCACUGAGGGCUUCUCCACAGUCAUUUCCAAAUAUGAAAAUCUCCACCUUCGACCUCAGAUCAAAUCACUUGAAGAGGACGGAAGAAUUCUAUUUGUCGAUGGGUCUUUUGUGGUUGCCGAUGCUAUCUUAUAUUGCACAGGGUAUACAUACUCGUUCCCUUUUCUUGACACCAAAGGAACAGUAACUGUGGAGGACAACAGGGUGGGGCCUUUGUAUCACCACACCUUCCCUCCUUCACUUGCUCCCUCCCUCUCUUUUGUUGGCAUCCCCAGAAAGAUCAUAGCCUUCCCUUUCUUCGAAUCGCAAGGGAAAUGGAUUGCUCAAGUGCUGAGCGGGAAAAGGAAACUGCCUUCCCCGGAUGACAUGAUGCACCACAUUCACCAAUUCUAUCGGCAAAGAGAGGCCGACGGAAUUCCCAAGCACGACACCCACGACAUCAUUCACUUUGAGUACUGUGACAUGUACGCAGAUCAGGCAGGCUUCCCACAUCUGGAGGAGUGGAGGAAAAAGAUGUGCCUCGUCGCUUUGGACAACUCAUAUGCCAACUUGGAGACAUACAGAGAUUCUUGGGACAAUGAUGAGCUGCUUCAAGAAGCUCUUCAGAGCCCCCAUUUCACCCAGCAACUUGGCCCAAUCAUCACCUGAAAACGUUUCUAUACUACAAACUUCCAAGUGAUGAAUAAAAAACUACAUCCCCAUGAGGAGGACCAUACAUCCAUUUGGUAGCUAGCUUACCACCAUAUAUGCAUGUAUUUCUUUUUCUCACGUACGUACGCUUCACCUUGUGGGAUUUCUGUUUCUCCUUGUCCAAUCAAAGAAGCCAUAAUAAUGUUGGCUUCUUAUGAGAAGCUUUAAUUUAGAGUGCCUAUAUACGCUUGCUUGGAUAUGACAUUGAAUCACAUAUCCCAAGGAGCAUCAUCGUUGUUGGAAUUCUGUUUCGAUUGAGUUAAUCGUUUAAAUUUCAUUUUUGCUACAAAGUUUACUGUUUUGUUUCUCAUUUAUCACUUGAAAUUUUAAUUGUAUUAGUGGUCAUUCUAUUAAAAUACCAUUCCAAUU